AUGGAUCUCAUACCUAACUGCGUUACAAGACCGUUUUCAAUAUGCAGACGGACUCGGCAGGUUUUUUCUUUUUUUGAUUUGUUUUGUUUUUGCAUAUUUCUACUCUCAAUUUCAUCAAUAUCAGCCAAAACAGAUGAAGCAUAUUUUCUAACUUCAACCACAUCCUCAAGUGCCUCGGCUUUGAGGAAAGCUUAUACAAAUGAAUGGGCCCUUCGUAUAGAUGGAGCGGAUGAAACUAAAGCAAAGGCCCUGGCUUCCAAAUAUGGGUAUAUCUUUCUGGGUCGAAUUAUUCCGGGUGAAGAUUAUUUCCUUUUUCGUAAUGCUAAUCAACGUACCAGAUCUUCGAGAAAAUCACGUAGCUUGCAGUUGAACGCUAUCACACAUGAGCCUGAGAUAACAUGGGUAGAGCAACAAGUCGCUAAAAAGCGCGUCAAACGAGAUUUUCGCCGAUAUCAACGAAAUAGUCGAAUGCACGAUGAUACAAAUGACAUUAUCUAUAAUGAAGAUGAUUCGUUAGUGAGCAAGUCGAGAAAUCGUAAAUACCCAGAUCCUAAUGACCCUCUGUGGACCGACAUGUGGUAUUUGAAUAGAGCCGAUCUCUCCUCUAACACUAAAAUGGAUCAUAAUGUUAAAGAAGCAUGGGACCUUGGAUAUACAGGACGAGGGGUUGUUGUCACAAUUCUUGACGACGGUCUGGAACGAACACAUCCUGAUAUAUCUCCUAAUUACGAUGCCCGCGCGUCUUAUGACGUGAACGACCGAGACGAUGAUCCAAUGCCACGCUAUGAAUAUUCCGAUGAGAACCGACAUGGAACGAGAUGUGCGGGAGAAGUUGCCGCUAUCUUCAAUAACAGCUUGUGCAUUGUUGGCAUCGCAUAUAACGCCCAUAUUGGAGGGAUCCGUAUGCUUGAUGGUGAUGUGAGUGACGCUGUAGAAGCUGCUUCACUUGGUCACAAUUCGGAUUACAUCGAUAUUUAUAGUGCUUCUUGGGGACCUGACGAUGAUGGGCGUACGGUUGAUGGUCCAGCUAAAUUAACUCGCGCAGCUUUUGAACGAGGUAUCCGUGAAGGGCGCAGAGGUAAAGGUUCUGUGUUCAUCUGGGCUUCUGGAAAUGGAGGAAAAGAUGCCGAUUCUUGCAAUUGUGACGGAUAUACCAACAGUAUUUACACGUUAUCAAUAUCAUCGGCCACUGAAAACGGCAACAUACCAUGGUAUUCUGAAGCCUGUAGCAGCACAUUAGCAACUACAUACUCUAGUGGGGCUAGUGGAGAGAAAAUGAUUGUAACAACUGAUCUCCAUCAUGCGUGUACUCAUACUCAUACUGGAACAUCAGCGUCUGCACCUUUAGCAGCUGGCAUUGUUGCUCUAGCUUUAGAAGCUAAUCCUGAAUUAACAUGGAGAGAUCUUCAGCAUAUUGUCAUACGAACUGCUAAACCUAUACACUUGAGAGCUGGAGAUUGGGUUACGAAUGGAGUUGGUCGAAAUGUCUCUCACAGUUUCGGGUAUGGGUUGAUGGAUGCUGGAGCAAUGGUUCGGCUAGCGAAAAACUGGACCACUGUUGGUACUCAACGCGUGUGUUGGCAAUUCUAUCCUAGUCGAUUCAAAGCUAUUCCAAACGGAAAUAGAUUACAACUACAAUUAUACACUGAUGGCUGUCUCGCUGAUCCUGGCCACCAUGUUGUAUAUUUAGAGCACGUUCAAGCCAUUAUAUCUCUGAAAGCUCCUAAACGUGGUGAUAUAAAAAUUUAUCUGACUAGUCCGUUAGGUACAAGAUCGACUCUAUUAACUAAACGCUCACGGGAUGCUUCUCGAGCCGGUUUCGUGGAAUGGGCUUUCAUGACAACUCACAGUUGGGGAGAAACAGCAACAGGCUUAUGGACGUUAGAAAUUGACAAUGAUGGAUGGGAUGAUGCUGAGCUUGUUAAAUGGGAUUUAGUAAUGUUUGGAACGACAGAAGAAACCACUGAUUUCGGAGGAAGACAUCCUUCCGCUCUUAUGGCUCGAUCUAUCAGUCGUCAAGAUGAUUCUGUGUCCUCUCUUGCUCCAUUAGUGACUCAUAUUAUACCACUUCUCGCACUUAUCAUUUCCUGUGCUCAAAUAGUUUUUAUUUUUUAG